GUGCGUGCUGUUCCUCCUGUUCAAAACAAACUUCGAGGUAAGAUCGAAACUGUCCCUCCUGCAGUCAUAGAUAAGUUAGAAUUCUUUGGAACGGGUAAAGAGGAGCGGUUUAUUGUCAGAGGACAUUUUCCAAAAACAUUUAGAAAAUUAACACAUAAGAUGGCAAAUCCAUAUACUCUUCAAAUUUAUUCUGCGAUUAAUCUUUUAAAAUAUGGUGAACAUGAAAUCGAUGUGUUUACAGUUCACCAAAAACAUAUAAUAAGGGUAUGGAACAAUCGUUUAUUUGUUCAGGAAAUAGCGGAACCAGAAUGGACCGAAUAUUUACGUUUAAUAAUUGAAGACAUCAGCAGAAUUCCAACCUUUUUUUGUGGAGAAGCUGUUAAGAAAAUGUUGGUGGACACUUUAGAAAGUUAUAAAUCGAAUCAUUACUCUGGAUCCGAAUCCAAAAAACAAACUUUCCAAGGAGAUAUGCUUUCUUGGAAUGUGGUCUAUCAUGAUAGGUUUGAAACAAGAAGAAAUUUUUCAUUAAAAGUUCAGAUAUUUAACCAAGAACAGAAUGAAGAAGAAAGUCGGGAACCUAUUGAGAAAAGUAUAGAACUUCCUUCGAACCAUUUUUUAUUAAGUAAAUCCACCUAUUUCAUGGAAUGUAAGCUUUUAGAAAGUGAAGAUUUAUUGAUGAUCACACCUAUUGGUGUAUUUAUUUGGACCGUUAAAUCUGACGGUGAAAUUGGUUUACUUUAUUAUUGGGGAAUUUAUGACGGUAUCAGGUCUAAAAUACCGAAAGAAGGAAUAAUAAUGAAUCUCGAAUGGAUUCUUGACAAUGACCAUUUAAAAUUUUCAAACAAAAAACUAUUGCCUCCACCACAUUUUAAUAAGAUUGUUAAAAUGCGCAAAAGAAGUACAUGGUUUACUGAUAAUGACCGAGAAUGGGUAACGAAUGCACCUAAUUUUCACAAUUUACUUGAAGAUUAUAUGGAUAACGUAUUGCUUUUGGAAUUAUACGGUGAUAAUCUUAUGUGUGCAUUAUUACAAGAGGAUGAUGAUGAAUUGAUCGAAGCAUUUUUUAAAAAAUGCCUUAAAUUAAGUGAACUUCAGAUAGAAGAAGGAAAUCUUUCAUCAUUUAGUAAAUUAGUAAAUAUUAUCUUUUCUUCAUUCCCUCAAUUAUCUGAAAAAUCUUUUACUUUUGUUACUCGAUUGCUAGCACAUUUAGCAUUCAUUCCUUCUCAUAAUUUUAAAGAUUCUUUAAAUUAUGCUGGUUCCAAUCCACCAUACCUCUCAUAUUCAUUGUUAGAUAUGAUUAAUAUGACAAUAAAAGUUGAUACAAUUGAAGGUGUUGGAUUAAAAAUUGAUGGAGUUGAAAAGAAAAUUGACGGAAUUGAAAGCGAGGUUAAAACUAUGGUGAAAUCUGAAGGAGUUGAAAAACGAUUUAAUGAAUUUGGAGAAGAUAUUAAAAGUAUUGAAGUAAAAAUUAAUACUAUAAUGAAAUUGAUUGAAAAAUUAUCUUCAGGACAAAAAGAUUCUGAUGAUAAUGGUCAUCGCGAUGAAGAGUAA